AUGACAGAACAAACCCCAGUGCACUUUUUCGACCUUCUGUCAGACCUUUCUGGACCCUCCAAAGCAUGGUCUCCCAACACGUUCAAGACCCGCCUCAUUCUGAACUACAAGGGCAUCCCAUACACCCAGACCUAUGUCUCCUACCCUGACAUCGCCCCUCUGCUCAAGGGCCUGUCUGUUCCACCUCACCCGGAGGGAACCGCGCACACCGACUACACCCUGCCAGCCAUCGUUCACCCCUCGGUGACCACAAACCCAUCCGGAGCCCUGAUGGACUCUCUCCCCAUCGCCUGCCACCUAGAAGAACACUUCCCGGAGCGACCCAUUUUCCCAUCAGGGGAUGCCAGCUACGCCCUUGCGGUCUCGGUCAACAGAAUCAUGCGUCUUGUUGGGUUUGCGGUGUAUAGGCUCGUGCUCGUCCCUAUCGCGGACAUUCUCGACCCGCGGGGGAAGGAGUUUUAUGUUCGAACCCGUUCGGCGACGUUCGGUAAGCCGUUACAAGAGAUCCGCCCCAACGAUGAGAAGGAAAUCAAGGAGAUGAUCGAAAAGGCGAAGACGGAGAUGGGGACUUUAGUGGAGAUGCUCAAGGGCAGAACCGGAAAGACCGGCCCAUUCUUCGAGGGCGACAAGGCCGGAUAUGCGGACUUCCUCGUGAUGGGAUUUCUGAUUUGGUUCAAGAUUGCGGAUGAGAAGAUCUGGCAGGAGAUGAUUGGACUGGGAGAUGGUGAAAUCAAGGCCUUGUGGGAUGCCUGUUACCAAUGGGUUGAAGGACAGGGCGAGGACAAGGUCUGGGAAAUCGCACAGUAG